AUGACCACGAUAAAAAUGAUAGCAACACAGCUAAUUCUAAUUUCUUUUGUUAUAACCACCAAUGCACUAAGCAUAGGAACUGUGAGUGAACAAAAUGUGACAAAACGUGAAGCGAACCUAGGUGACUUGUUCCCGGAUUGGGUACCUUUCAAGAAUAAACACGGCGAGGAACUUGGAGAAUUCGUUCAGGUUGCCCGAAAACCUAAGAAGCGGUUAGCACCACCUGUUAACUUUGUGCUUAGAGCUGUAGCCGAAUCAGACGACGACUACUAUGAAAAAGGUCAAGGUGAGAGCGACAGUGAUGAUUAUUACGAAAAAAAAGAUUGGUCUGACAUCAAUAGAUCACCACCAUCCCGUAAUCCUAAUAAAGUAUUAAACCAUACUGAAAUUUCUGAAAUAGACGGUGUUGUUAAUAUAAUUACGAAAAAAGCACCAAAUGCUGUGGUAGAUGCCCUCCAGAAAGCAAAACAGAAAAGUACCUCAGAAUUAAGAGAGAAAGAAGAAAAUGAAGCUUUUGGAAUAAGGGAUAGCGCUGAAGAAACGAAAAUACCAAGUAGUAGAAAGAAAGCAAGGAAUUAUGAAGAUGAAAUUGAUUAUGAAGACGGCAAUACUGAAAAACGGAAAUUAUUAGAGCCAAUAGACGAAGAUCAAAGUGACAAUGAAGCUAAGAAAGCUAUUUUAGAUAUGGUUGACGAGUUGAAAUUACGUCAUGCUAAAGAACAAGUAGCAAUAGCAGAAAAAGCUAAAGAAGAAGAAAUUUAUAAAGAAGAACUUGAAAGGCAAAAGAUUCAAGCGCAGCUUUCUCCAGUAGAAAAUGAUAAAUAUGAUGAUAGGCCAAAAUCGAAGAAGAAGUAUCCAGACUACGAUGAGUAUGAUGAGAAAUAUGUGUCACUUGAUGAGAAAUACAAAGUGAGUCCAGAAAGAACGAAACCAACGACAACACGAUCCCCGAAACGAACGAGCAAACUCAAAGAAAAGAAGGAAAAGAAGAUAGAAUCUGGUAAAUUAUCCGUAUUCAAGAAUCCACAAUUGUACAUAGUGUAUGACGACGACAGUGAAGAAACAACUACUGUAAACUCAAAACCACGACAAUCAAACACUGUAAAACCGAAUAAACCAGAAAGAUUCUCGGCAAAAUACUCUGCUGCACCCGGAGUAGUAGAUUUAGUAGAAGGUAAUGAAAGGAUAUCAUUAGUACCAGAAGAGAAUGAAGGUAAAGAAGGAGAACCAACUCUAUUCUUCCCUAAAAGAAGAAAGAAUAAGAAACGCAAGAAGCCCGCAGCCGAUUUAUCUGACUCUACUUCUAGUCCAACAACUGAACAAGAGGUUAAAAAAGAGAAGAAUAUUACUACAAAGGCCCCAGUAUUUGACACUAUCUCUAAUGAAACGACAGCUUCAGACAAUACCAGUACUGGUAUCACAGGAUCUGAUACCACUGGUUCAGAUUCCAUAAUAAUUGACACCACCCUUCAGACUGGACCGUCAGGAUCUGAUGCUGUGUCAACAAAUAGUGAUGCGGUAACUGAUGCUAUACCAGCUUCGACCCAUCACCACAAGGAACCGGAGAAGAAAGAAGAGAAUUAUCAUCGAGAGAAGGGUGGUGGCAGGGAACACCAUUCCGAACAUGAGGAGGAACAUAGCGAGGAGGGCAAGAAAGCCUAUGAGGGUUUACAUAAAGAAACCAAGUCAUCGAAAGGAUAUCAUGAUAGAGAGAACCACUUGGGAAAGUAUGACGACCACGGAGGAGUCGACAAACAUCAUGAGGAGGAAUCAGGACACUACGGAGACCAUCAUCAUGAGGAACAUGGAAAAAAGCAUGCAAAGUACGAGGAAUCAGGGAAACAUUCGAAAGGGCAUAGCACCAAAGGGAGUCACGACAUCCACAAGAAGGAAGAAUACGAGAAAAAGGUGGAGUUUUUCGAGGAAGAAGGCGACUCCGCCGAGGAGGAGAAACAUGGCGGCUUCAACGAAGAGCACGGUCACUCUAAAGGCGGGCAUUUCAAGAACGGGAACUACAAGGCGGGCCACGAGGAGCACAAAAAGGGGGAUUCGGGUCACUUCGCAAAAGGAGGUCAUUUGCACGUGUCUAAGGGACACAAGUCAGCAGCCGGUCACGAUGGCCAUUCGAAAAAAAAUAGUGCCCAUUUUGCCAAAGAGGGUAAAGAUGCGGGCAAGAAAUGGAUCUAUCAUCACGGUUAUCCGCCCAAAACCUCGAACCUGGUCCUAAUAGAUAGGAGAACGGACCAAAUGUACCAUGGACCCCAGUAUUACGGAUAG